AUGGAGGAUGGUUGCUCUGAAGAUCCACUGCUUCCAAGGUCUCUGGAUUCUCUGCACAAUGAAAAGAACACUAUGAAGAGAAGGCGGCCAAGCAGCUCUAACCAUGCACUUCCAAAGGACAUGCUUCUCCAUGAGCAGAAUGAUUACGGAAUAUUGGAUCAGCACCCUGAAUCUCUUUCUCAAAAUAAACUUAAUUAUAAACAAGUAGUCAUUUUUUUGGUGGCCUAUAUCAGUUUGGGAGUUCUCUGCUUUUCUGUCGUCAGGAAUCAGAUAACCGGUAAGAAAACGAAUGAGAUUCUCGACGCAAUCUACUUCUGUAUUGUCACAAUGACUACCGUUGGAUACGGAGACCUUGUUCCUAACAGCAAUUUGUCUAAGCUCCUCGCUUGCAUACUUGUGUUUGCUGGCAUGACACUGGUUGGCCUUGUUUUAAGUAAAGCUGCGGACUCUAUCUUGGAAAAACAGGAAAUCCUAUUGGUUAAAGCGACACACUUGCAGGAGAAACUUGGCAAGUCUGAAAUCCUCAAACAAGUUGAAGCCUACAAAACUGAAUACAAGUUUGUUGUUGCUCUGAGCCUUCUUCUUCUACUUAUAAUUCUUGGUACCAUCUUCUUGUAUGAAGUCGAGGAUUUGAGUUUGUUCGAUGCCUUAUACUGCGUUUGUGCCACUAUCACUACGUUGGGAUAUGGAGACAAGAGCUUUUCAACAAGAGCUGGGCGACUCUUUGCUUCUUUUUGGAUAUUGAUAAGCACUCUUUGCUUGGCACAGGUCUUUUACUGCCUUGCAGAAUUGUAUACUGAGCGUAGGCGAAGAUCAUUAGUAAAGUGGGUUCUAACAAGGAAGUUAACGAUAACAGAUCUCGAGGCUGCAGAUCUUGAUCAAGAUAGCACAGUCAGUGCAUCAGAGUUUAUACUGUACAAACUUAAAGAGAUGGGGAAAAUAAGCGAUGAAGAUAUUGCACCGGUGAUGCAGCAGUUUAAAAACUUAGACAUCGACCAAUCAGGAACAUUGACAAAAUCUGACCUCCUACUUACAACUUCGUCUGACAUCCAAAGCUGA